AUGAGCUCGGAGUUGGAGCGCGUGUCGCUCAAGUCCCGGGCGAACUCGGUGGGCUCGGCCGGUCGCGCUCUCUCCGUGAACGUCCAGCGGCUGCACGACUCUCUGCACGUGUUGCUCAGCGACACCGAGCGCGAGCAGUUCGCGCACUGCCUGAGCGUGUACCACGCCAAGCGCAACGUCUACGACUUGGUACAGACGCUCAGAGUGAUCCUCGACACGCCCGGUAAACGGCAGCUGCUGCCCAUGCUGCGCCUCGUGCUCCCCCGCGCAGACCAGCUGCUGUUCGACCAGUACACGUCCGAGGGCUUGUACUUGAAAACGGAACCACCUACGUCUGCCGUGGACACGCACCUCCCUGGAGAGGUAAAUCACGCGAACGCCAUGACGAGCGCCCACGCGCGCGCGCCUUCAGUGCACUUUGCUGCCGCGGCAGAUUUCAGCACCGCGGCUGAAGGGACAGCGCAGGACGACACGCGUCACGUGACCCUGAAACGCACCAAGAGCCACGAGGGCCUCGGGUUCAGCAUCCGGGGUGGCGCGGAGCACGGAGUGGGGAUCUACGUGUCUCUGGUAGAGCCCGGUUCCUCAGCAGAACGAGAGGGACUCCGCGUGGGAGACCAGAUCGUUCGAGUCAAUGACGUGGUGUUUGACCGGGUCACCCAUGGAGAUGCAGUCAAGGUUCUGAAGGGAUGCAAGAAGCUCUGUUUAUCAGUGUGUUCGAUGGGAUGGAUCCCUGGAGGUUAUGUGACCAAUCAUGUGUACUCGUGGGUAGAUCCUCAAGGCCGAAGCGUCUCUCCGCCCCCUGACCUGCUGGAGCAGCAUACUGCAGGCGGACGACACUUUAACAGCCAACGCCGUGGACACGCCCCACAGCAAGGGGCAGAGAGAAGGGUCACCAUCUCGUUGGACGAUGGACGUCCGCUGGGUCUGAUGAUACGCGGAGGAGCAGAAUAUUCCCUCGGCAUUUAUAUUGCUGGAGUGGACCAUGGAUCAGCAGCAGAGUGUGGAGGUUUAAAGGUUGGAGAUCAGAUCAUGGAGGUGAAUGGGAACAGUUUCUGCAGCGUUGCCCAUGACGAGGCUGUGAGGAUUCUCAAGAGCUCACGCCACAUGCUGAUGACCAUAAAGGACGUAGGGCGUCUUCCUCAUGCCCGCACCAUAGUGGACGAGACCAAGUGGCUCUCUAACCCACAAAUCGCAGAGAGCUCAGCCAGUGCUGCCCUGAGUGUAUCAGGAGACGCUGGUGCAGCGAGCUCAGGAAAGCCUGAGAUAACACAUCUUCUCUUUGUGUGUUGUAAGGGCGUGUUGUCCCCAGCUCUGGCCCCAGGACUUCUAGGGGCUCGGAGUUCUUUGGAGGAACAGGCCUAUCUGCUGCUGACCGAGGCAGAGAGACAGACCAUGACCUACUACAUCCAGGAGUACCAGUGUGGCCAUAUUGGUGUAGAGCCUCUUGCUAUGGCCCUGUUCGAGCUCUUCAACACACAUGCCAAGCUUACCUUGCUGGCAGAGGUGCGUACACUGAUUGCUCCUCAGGAUCUGGAGCGUUUUGACGGACAGGUCGUUCACCAUGAGAUGGAGGCAUGGAGGGUGAGACAUGGAAGUCUGGGCUUGCUGCACCAUGCCAAGCCCAUCUGCAGCUCUCAUCCUGAGGGUCAUGUUCCAACCGCCUGCCAGCUCACUGCUUCAGCAAUGGGCUAUGCUAAGAAUGAGUGCAGGAUGGAUGGAAGCAUGGAGGCAGGACCUGCGGGGGCUUUUAACUCCCUACCGGAAAUAGCUUUGGAUGAAGUGCAAUCUCGUGUCGAGUCUCCACCUAACUUCAGACCACCACCUCCUCCUGGACAGGGAAGUCCGAAGAUCCAGCUCAGACGCCCUACAUCUAAACUGUACCAGACCAACCUGCGCUUCACAGCCCCCUGCAGGAUGCACCAAGAAAGUCACGCUCUUAACCACACAGACCCACACAUACGCCCGUCCUGCUCAGCUCACACUUCCCCAUGCACUGUCCACCACAGCUCCUCUUCCUGUGUCUCCCAUCGCUCUCCUCCUCAUUCCUGCUCCCUCCAUCACUGCUCUCCAUGUUCUCUCCAUCGCUCCGGACCCUCAGUUGCACCGCCAGCUAAAGACCUCGUCCAGUUUUUGAUGAGCAAGCAGGUGGCUAUGUUGCCGCCCCAUCCAGAAUCUGCAAGCCGCUCACGAGCUGCCACUCCGACCCCCAGCAUGUCCGCUCGUUCCUCUCCAUCCCUCUCGCCCUCGCUGCGUAUACCUGCACCGCCACCUUGCAGCCCGGAAAAACCUGAGGUCAGGAUCUCGGCACCUGAUAUGAGCCCCAGCAUGGCUCGCCACCACAGACUCAACCCUGAGAAGGAGACUGCAGAGGAGAAGACGCAGAUCCAACCACGAGGUGCUACUUUAUCCCAGCUCUCAGACAGUGGACAGACCCUGAGUGAGGACAGUGGCGUGGACAUCGCAGAGGCAGGAGGAAUGUGUAAGGACAGCAGUCCUCGGCCUGGUAAAGCCAUAUCCCAGAAUGCCUCAGGAGAGGCGCGGGGGGCAGAGAGAGCAGCACAGGUUCCCAAUCACCAGUCGGGGCAAUCUGGGCCUACAUUGAUACGUGUAUCCAAGAGUGCUAAUACCCUGGGCAUCGCUGUGGAAGGUGGCGCCAACACUAGACAGCCUCUUCCACGUAUUGCAACUAUACAGAAAGGGGGCUCAGCUCAUCUAUGUGGGCAGUUGCGGGUAGGUCAGGUGAUCCUGGAGGUCAAUGGCGUGUCUCUCAAAGGCAUGGAGCAUCGGGAUGCUGCACGUGUCAUUGCCGAGGCCUUUAAGACCAAAGAGAAGGACUACAUUGACUUCCUGAUCGCCGACUUUAAUGUUGCCCUAUAA